AUGCCGCCACUCUCUAGGAAGCUUGAUCGUAAGCUGCGCGCUGCUGAAGAGAGCUCAGACGAAAGCGAGAAUUAUGAAGUGACCGAUAGAUCUUCCUCUGAGUCUGUGCUCGAAUUUGGUGCUGGAGAGGUUGUGGGCUCAGAUAGUGCAGAUGAGAACGCAGAUGGCUCUCAAGACGAGGAAGUGUUAGAUGCGUCUGAGGACGACCAAGUACAAGCACAGAUGAGCAAAGUGUCGUUUGGAGCUCUGGCCAAGGCACAAGACGCGCUCUCAAAAUCGACCGACCGAAAGCGCAAGCGGGGCGACGAUUCUUCCAAAUCACAGGAAGACAAACUGGAAGCAUUGAGAGAGCGGUUACGGCAGAUCAAAGCAGAGAAGCUUGCAAAUGGCGAGGUGAAGCCUAGCAAGAAGCCCAAGAUCGCCGAAAAGAACAAGACAAAGCACCAUGAGUCAGACGAGAACGAGGAAGGAGAGGGCGACUCGGAAUCAGAUGCCGCGCCGCACGCACGAUCUAGCAAACACGCACCCGCUGUGCAGUCGAGCAAGCGCAUGGUCUCACGCAAGCGAAAUGUUGUCGAUGUCAAGAAACCUGUCUUCCGUGACCCCCGAUUCGAGAACAUUGGUGGACCUCGACCAGAUGAAAACACGGUCAGCAGGCGCUAUGCGUUCCUGAGCGACUACAAGGCGUCCGAGAUUGCGGAACUCAAGAAGGCUAUCAAGAAGUCAAGAAACGGUGAUGAGAAGGAACAAAUGAGAAAGCAAUUGGAGUCGAUGGAGUCUCAGCAGAAAGCGCAGCAGAGGAAGGAUGAGCAGCAGGCUGUUGUGCGAGAACACAAAAAGAAGGAGAAGGAGCUGGUCAAGGACGGCAAGCAGCCGUUCUACCUAAAGAAGUCCGAGCAAAAGAAGCUUGCCCUAAUCGACCGCUUCCAGAAUAUGAAGUCGAAGCAGCGCGACAGGACCAUCGAGCGCCGUCGCAAGAAGGUGACCUCAAAGGAGCGGAGGAACAUGCCCGCGGAGCGACGCGCUGCAUGA